CAUCCAACAAAAGGUGCAUUACCGCCACUUACUGUAUUGGGUUGUGGACCAGUUAAAAAACAUAUAUAUAAUAAAAACCCACAUUCUCCACAGUGUUUUCUAUAUUGCAGUGCUCACAUAGUCCUGUUGGGUGUUUAUUUAUUAUUUGCAUUGUUUUGCUCAGCCUUGUGUGUCCAAUCCUCAGUCUGGUUAAUGUAUUUUAUUCUGCAGUGCUUCCUUUGGUUAUCCUCCUUUUGUCAACGUCCUUCUGAAUAGCAUAAAUAUAUAUUUCCGUGUCUAAACUGUGCUACUAUUCCUUAAAAAAAAUUCUUUUGAUAAUUGAUUUAGCUUUUGCUUUCAAAUACAAUGUCUGUCAUGUUCUGACAUUCGAAUGCUUACUUUGCUAAUUUGUCUGGCGCUUCAUUUCCCUUUACCCCUCUAUGUGCCGGCACCCACAUGAAUGAUAACAAAGUACCCAAAUAAUUUAGUAGGAACAGUGUUUGGUAUAUUUCAUAUCGGAUAGGAUAUUACUUUAUUUAUCCCCAGGGGGAAAUUUAGUGAAGCAGCAGCAAAUAUGUUUACAAAUAUAUCCUUUUCCCAUCAUAGAAAAGAAAGCUUUUGUUAAAGUAGAAUAAAGGAUAGAAGCCCAUUUCCUCUACUGUAAUAAUAGAAUAAAGAUCCUGUAAGUCAUUAUAAUGAGAAACUUUCUAAAAAUAUAUGACAUAUCAUCUCAUAAUUAUGACUUAGUAUAUCAACUCACAAUAAUGACUAUCUCAUAGUAUCUUAUAAUUAUGACUUGGCAUGUAUGUCUUAGCAUCUCAUAAUUAUUAUGACUGUCUUCUCCUCCGCUCUGUGUCGGUUUGACCGAAGACUGAGAGAUAUAUUUCCCACACACGCUAUACCAGUGGGUGGCAGUAAUUCGCCAUAGCGUUGUUGACUAACAGUCAUAAUACACCAAAAAGAAGAACAAGACUACGUCAUGGCCAAGAUGGCUGCCUCCGUGGUGGAGAGUGGUGAGGAUGCGUUUAGAAAAAUAUUCAAGUUUUACAAAAGAAGAAACCCUCCGCCAGAUUUCAGAGACGUCAUUGACUUUUCCAGAAGUGUACCAGGUGACCAGGUAAUCCCGGCUAUAUUGGACCCUGGUCGGGUGAGUGACGUGGAAGCUGCCAAGGUCGGAUUACAGCCUGUCAGAGACUGGAGAGCCUUUGGCCUGAAGGGCUACCCAGGGUUCAUGUUCAUCUCCAACCCAUUCCUACUGGGCUCCAAACCCUUCUGGGUCAGACAGUGUCUGAAGACCUAUCCUCAGAAGCCCAAUGUCUGCAACCUGGACAUGCACAUGUGUCCCUCUGACACCCAGGACAUUUGGGACAAGAGUGUUCAUGGCCUCAGUAGUCCUCGCUCUGGAAAGACACAACCAAAGACUCUGCUUGACAGGCUACGCUGGGUCACUCUAGGAUAUCAUUACAACUGGGAUACCAAGAUGUAUUCUGCAAACAACUACACUCCUUUUCCAGCUGAUCUCCAAUCGCUGUCCUUCCAAAUAACAUCAGCCUGUGGGUUCCCGGGCUUCAACGCAGAGGCUGGAAUCCUCAACUACUACCGAUCAGACUCAUCUCUGGGAAUCCAUGUUGAUGAAUCGGAACUAGAUCACAGCCGCCCGCUGCUGUCCUUCAGUUUUGGGCAGUCAGCUAUCUUCCUGUUGGGAGGCACCCGCAGACAGGACCCCCCCACUGCUAUGUACAUGCACGGUGGAGACGUGAUGGUGAUGUCGGGACAGAGCCGCCUUCUUUACCAUGCUGUCCCACGCAUCGUUGCGGCACCCCAGGGCCAUCCAGCAUUAGAGAUGGAGGGUUGCAGCUUGGCCUCGUCCCGACGCAACUGCUCUGUGGUGGAGCCGCUGUCGGAGCAAGACUGGGCCGUGUGCUCCAGGUACACCCAGAGCGCCAGGGUGAAUGUGACUGUCAGACAGGUGCUGGGGCCUGGACAGAGCUUCUCAGAAACACCCUCUUCUCACCAAAAGACUGAUGCAGACCAGACAGAGGGGCCCCAUGACCAUCCAGCAGAUGAGUGUGGGAAGAGGAGGAGGGUUAGCUCUGAUACUGUGGAGACAUAACACAGACCACCUGUUGUGGGACAUUUGCAUCCAACACCAGUCUUAAUUUGCAGUGAUAUUUUAUUACAUGGCACCUUGCUAAGAAGCACUUCAGAUGUGCUCUUCAAUCUGUUUGCUUACUUGCAUACAUAAAGGAAAAUGUCAUGAAGUGACUUCAGUCCAACUGAUUUGUGUUUCACUGCUGAGGACCAGACUGCGUAACAUGCCUGUCAGUAAGAGCACCAACAUGCAUGUGGUCAUAGACUUUACACAGUUCUUGUUAACAAAGGAUUCCUCACCAAAUAUGUAGCACAGUAAUUAGAUUUAGAACCGUUGGCUCCAUUGACAGUGUGCAGAUGUCAUUGGGAAAGCUGGGUUCUGCGAAAUGUACUUGCAACAAUUUACAAAUUAAAAAAAGAUAAAGAUUGCUUUCUGUUCAGACCCUGUUUUUGAAUUUCCUGUUUUGAAGUGUGAUUCUCCAUAAAGUUUGAUACUCCUGUA